UAUUUGUAGAGUAAUAUGAAAUGAUGAAAUUUAAGGUUAGGUUGCAGUGUUCUGGUCUUGAUGAUAUUUACAAAACUCAUGUGCUUGAAAAUAUAGUACUAGAAAUUAUAUUAUAUUUAGUGCAUGUGCAUACAAUAGCUCAAGUACAUGGUAGGGUGAAGACAAAGACCAAUGCAGAAGAUAAAGAAGCAAAGAGAAAGGAAAAAGAAAAGAAAUUAAAAUUAUACCAAACAGGAAUUGAGAAAGCUUUCACAAAGCGCAAAACUGGAGAAUAUGAUGAGGAAUCUCUUGCAAUUUCAGCACAACUCUUGACAGCCAAUCCUGAUAUUACUACACUAUGGAACAUCAGACGGGAGGUUCUGCUCCAUUUUAAGGAUGAAGGUCAACGAACUGAAGAUGAUUUACAGCAACAAAUGCAGGCUGAGCUAUGCUUAAUCGAACAAUGCCUGCGUGCUAAUCCCAAGUCAUAUGCUGCGUGGCAUCACAGAAGAUGGGUUCUAGAUAAUAUGCCAAUACCCAUUUGGAAGCAAGAACUGGCACUGUGUAACAAGUACUUGGACCUGGAUGAAAGAAACUUACAUUGUUGGGAUUAUCGUCGUUUUGUGGUGGAAAGGUCACAAGUUCCUGCUGCAGAUGAGUUUGAAUACACUAGCAAGAAGAUACUGGCCAACUUCUCUAACUAUUCCUCAUGGCAUUACCGCAGCCGACUGUUGCCACUCAUAUAUCCAGAUCCUAUGGGAAAAUUACCCAUUCAAGAAAGAAAACACAAGGAAGAAUUGGAGAUUGUUCAGAAUGCCGCCUUCACUGACCCCAGUGAUCAGAGUGCUUGGUUCUACCAGAGAUGGUUGCUUGGACGGACCCUACAGGCAUUGAGACUAGCCCAGGUUCAUGUUUCUUAUGACACAGUCUGUGUCUCACUGACUCACAGUGUCAGUGUCAUCUGCGACAAAUCUAAGAUACGUUUAGAACUACAGCUGAAUGGUGACAAUUUUCCCACCACUUGGAAAAGCACCAAUGGUCAGCAGUACUCGCAUGUUUGGAUUUCCGCACUACCAAAGGAACUGCUCUCAGGAGACAAGACACUGGCUAUAACUGUAUCCUUACACAGUGGAUCAUCUCUUGUACAUUAUAUGUCACUUAACUCAGGGAAACUUAAGGCGAGUACCAAGCCGCAGUUCAGUGCUGGUUUCAGUGAGGGCAUCACUUCAGUUCUACAGGAUGAACUUGACUCCUGCACACAACUUCUUGACCUGGAACCAGACAGCAAGUGGACACUGCUAACAUCUGUGCUGCUGAUGCAAGCUGUUGACAGGCACAAGUACCAAGAAGAUACACUUGCCAGACUAAGCCAACUGAUUCAAGUGGAUCCUCAUCGUAGUGGAUAUUACAAAGAUCUGUGGAGCCGAUAUAAGAUGGAAUAUGCCUUUGAUCAGAACAAUGAGCUAGACCAGAAUAUCGAUCUGUCAUGCCUCAAUCUGACAGCCCUCUACCACUGCCAUUACUUGAGUUGUGUGCACACACUUGACCUCAGCAACAACAAUCUAAGUGGCCACUCUCUGUCUCAACUUCACCCCCUUCAGUGCUGCCAGGUCUUGAAGCUGGACAGCAACAACAUUGCAAACCUUCAUGGGAUGCCUGCACUAAUGUCACUACAAAUCCUGUCUCUGAGAAGCAAUGUCAUCAACAUUCCAGAUGAAGUCAAGUACCUGGAACCUUGCAUCUGUUUGUCUUCAGUAGACUUAAGUGAUAAUCCUACUGAGAAAGAUGAAAUGCUACAAGAGUUGGUAAAAACAUUCCUUCCAUCUGUAAAGAUGUUGAACACAUGCCCACUGUAAUCACAUUUUCAUUGCAAAUACACAUCAUUAGGAACAAUAUUUUUCUUUUUUAUACAGUGCAACACUUAAUAGAAUUCUACAACACUUAAUGAAGUGCCCAACUUUAUGUGUUUGCAUUUUGUAUAAUAUUAAGUGAUGGUGUGUGAGAAAAAACAGAAAUUAAUCAUUUAACGUUUAUACUUUGGUCAUGGACAAGUGUUGGUUCAUUCUCGUUAAAUUUUACAUAAACUAUUUCUGUUGCAAUCACAUGUUUUGUUUCAUUGUAAAUCUUACAGAGAGGGAAAAUCUCCAUACACAUAUUUAUUACAACUAAAAGAGAAGCUACAUUUUCUUUCUCUAAAGGUUCAGACUUGUAAAAAAAAUUUGAGGAACCUCACAAAAAACUAUAAAUUUUGAAGAUGUUUCAGUCAUGAAGAAUAUAGUGUAUUUUUGGAUCUGGCCUUUUAAGUAAAGAAGUUUUCUUCUGAAAGAGCAGUUAAGAAAACAGAAUUUUUUAAUGACUGCAUAUCUAUGGAAGAAAUAAAGAGUAAUAGAAAGAAAUGGUUAUUUUACAUAGUUAUAAAACUGGAGACAAAACUGAAGUAAUUUCUGAGAAACCAUCUUUUGUUAAUUUGAUAAGAAAAUUUCAAACAGUAUUCGUCUGGCAAAUUUCACGGUGUUCACAAGUGAAUGAAAUAGUUGCUCAUGAAUGUGGGUGCCACAGUAGUAGGUCGAAUAUCAAAACAUCUUUGACAUAAGACAACUAUUACAGAAAGCUGUAACAUAAUGGAUGAGUAUGUCAAACACUUACAGAUUUUUAAAAUGUCUGUGUUCAGUGAGGAAAGAAAUGAAUACAUAUUGUCCAAGGAACUUAAGUUAAUUUAAAUGGUGUAUGUAGGAUGUCUAGUAGAGUUUGUAUAGGUAUAAACAUUUAUGUAAUACUUUUUGAGUUUACAAUGGGAAAUAAAAAGGGGCUGCUUUAUACUGAUCAUUUUAUAAUUUUGCUCUAAAAUAUGCCAUUGUUUAUGCUGCUGAUGUUGGUCUGUUGAGGGAAGAAAAAAUACCACAGAGAAUAACUCAAAAUUGUCCUAAAGGCCAAUAAAAAACUGAUCUGAAGAAAAUGUUGAUAACUAUAUAUAUAUAUAUAUAUAUAUAUAUAUAUGAAAUAUAUGAAGACAAUAUGAAACCAGAUUCAGAAACAAAGUCAAUAUAUAACUAUAUGUAAUUAAAUCAUUGAGGAUUUUAAAAAUUUAAAAGUAUAUCAGAACAAAACUAACAAAUGAGGCUUGUUAUAAAGUUCUAAGCAUAAAUUCUAGAAAUACUUAUUAUUAUUCAAUUCUAAGAUUUAACAGUUGCCACUGACAAGGAUGGAUAUAUAUAUAUAUAUCAACAGUUUUUCCACGUGUUCUGUACUGGUGUGAAAGAUGGCAUCUUUGACGGAAGAACAGAAAUAACAAGUAAUGGUUUUUGCUGCAGUGUGUUAGAGGAAUUUAUUUUAAUAAUACAGUAUAGUGAAAUGCCUUAUUUUUGCCAAAACAGUAAUGUGUAAUGAGGAAUUAAUAAAUUCACAUGCAUUAUUUCCUGAAGUAAA